AUGUCCUUCUCUUUUCCUUUUUCUAACACUACAACCCAGCCUGGUUCAGCUGACUCUCUGCCAGCUGUCAAGCCUGACUCUGCUGACUCCACACCUGCUGCCCAGCCUGACUCCACUGACUCUCCACCUUCUGCCCAGUCUGACUCCGCUGAGUCCACACCUGCUGCCCAGCCUGACUCUGCCGACUCCCCACCUGCUGCCCAGCCUGACUUUGCCAACUCCCCACCUGCUGCCCAGCCUUGCUCUGCUGACUCCCCACCUGCUGCCCAGCCUGACUCUGCUGACUCUCCACCUGCUGCCCAGCCUGACUCCACUGACUCCCCACCUGCUGCCCAGCCUGACUCCACUGACCCCCCACCUGCUGCCCAGCCUGACUCCACUGACCCCCCACCUGCUGCCCAGCCUGACUCCAUUGACUCCCCACCUGCUGCCCAGCCUGACUCCUCUGACUCCCCACCUGCUGCCCAGCCUGACUCCACUGACUCCCCACCUGCUGCCCAGCCUGACUCCACUGACUCUCUACCUGCUGCCCAGCCUGACUCCACUGACUCCCCACCUGCUGCCCAGCCUGACUCCACUGACUCCCCACCUGCUGCCCAGCCUGACUCCUCUGACUCCCCACCUGCUGCCCAGCCUGACUCCACUGACUCCCCACCUGCUGCCCAGCCUGACUCCACUGACUCCCCACCUGCUGCCCAGCCUGACUCCACUGACUCUCUACCUGCUGCCCAGCCUGACUCCACUGACUCUCCACCUGCUGCCCAGCCUGACUCCACUGACUCUCUACCUGCUGCCCAGCCUGACUCCACUGACUCCCCACCUGCUGCCUAA